AUGCAGCAACAAGCCUCCUCAGUCAACAAGGCGACUGAGAAGGAGGCAACAGGUGACCAGGUGCCUGCAAGCAUAGGGUUGGUAACCCCUGGUUUAAAUCAGAAAUCCUCAGCCAAGGAUUACCAGAGGGAGAGCGCCCCCAGUGAGGCACAGAGCUCCAGAGCCCCGACACCAUCCAGCCCUCGUUCCCCCGUCUCCCUCACAUUAAUAGAGGAGGCCCCAGAUGAGGAUGGUCUUACCGACUUGAACAGGACCCUAUCAGAGUCUCUCCCCAAAGAGCCCCUGGAUGUGCUGCUCCCUGACCAAACCAGAGAGGAAGUCCAGACCAGAGAGGAUGUCCAGACCGCAGAGGAGGUCCAGACCGCAGAGGAGGUCCAGACCAUUGAGGAUCUUCAGACCACAGAGGAUCUUCAGACCGUAGAGGAUCUUCAGACCACAGAGGAUGUGAAGACCAAAGUGAGGAGCCUGAAACUAUUCCUGAGCGAUUAUCUAGGGGGGGAGCCAAUUUCCUUGGCCCAAGUCAUCUCUGAGACCGACAUUGAGCCUGUGGGUGAUGCAGGCAGGCCCAGAAGAAGGCUUGACUUGAAACUCUGUGGGAACAUCCAUGGUCUGGCCGAAGCCCCUUACACAGAGGCCUCUGUUGGCAUAAAAACGUUGGUGGAAAGCUUCAGGCGGACUGUGGCCAUCUCUACUCCAAUGUUUGGAGACCUUGAGCAGCAGGAUGCGCACGAGUUCCUGAUGUCGCUAAUGGAGCAGAUUCAGGGCCUGAGGUCCAUCUUGCAGGAGUUUGCCCGGAGCAAGAAGCUGGAGUAUGUCUGCCCGGUGUCACAGAACGUGUCUUUCUGCAUGGAUAACAUCAAGACCUGUGAAGUAAGCCAAGUGGAGAGUCCACAGCUUCAUGUGGUGUUAGCCAUGUUUGGGAGGGGUGUCUGGAGAAUCAAAGGUUAA